AUGUCGUUGUGUUUGCACAAGUCUAGACAGAAGGAGUGUGUUCAGUGCAGUCUCGCAUACCAGCGCAUACAAGGUGGCGGCAUUGAGCCUGUGCACAGACACGACUACCGUUGCCGUCAAGAGCAUCAGUCAGCGAGUGUGCAAUUUUCGCUUCCGCGUCAUGUCAGGCUGGGCUAUGAAAUGGGCCUGUGGGAGUGUGUCGAGACUGGGACAUUCUGGCCAGUUGUCGCGGAUUCGACGAGGAAACGAGGUGAUUGCGCCAAACCGGAUAGACAUUCUGUCCGGUCCGGUCCGGUCCGGUCCGGUCCGGUUUGGUCUGGAACUGAGCAGACGUUGACUGGCGGCCUGCGAGCUCAUUCCGCUCUUCUGCCCAUCGUCUCUUGCGGGCCUCGUCUGCCUCGUAGACGUUGGGACCCCAUCAUCUUUCCUACCAUCCCCUCCGAUAGGCCUAGUCCUUGUGUCUGCAUGUGCAUGUGUGUUUGUCCGAUAGCGCGUCCCAGUUGCGUCGUGCAGGCUUCAUGUUGUGCACUCGGCGACCAGUUCAGGCCUCAAUCUCACCGCCGACCUCGAAAGGCAUCAAAAGCCACUGGCACAUCUUCUCCGUUUCUCUCGGUUCACUUGUCUCGCCCAUUUGUUUGUCAUUUCCCACUCAACCACAACCACAACCACAACCACACACACACACACACACCGACAGACAGACAGACGGAUAUAGGGACAGACGGAUCGGGAGAAAGGGUGAUCGAGAGGAGGGUUGUCUGCUCGGGCAUGGGCCAAGCCGUCGACUGGUUCACGGUGCUUCUGCUCACCGGCCACGUCUUCUCGUUGACGUCGGGCGCCGCGUUGGCCAUGCCGACGAGGCAGGAACUGGGUCCGAUCGAGGCGCAAGAUCCGGCCGGAGCGCUGCGAUCGGCCGACGAUGCGAUCCGCUCGGCCGGCUCCAUCGAACGGAAGGUGAAGCAGACCGUGAAGAGCUAUCUUCACUUCAUGCGCACCCGCGUCGACUGGCUCGGGCACAUGUUGCGUCUGAUGCGACGUGAGCGCAACCUGCGCAAGCGCUAUCUUUGCUCCAGCGAGGACUGUAUGAUGCGUUUCAAGUACUACAUCGUCGGCGAUCGUCCACCUCCCACCUCCGGCUCCGAGCUCGAUUCCGUCGAAGAAGUCGCCGACCACGAGUCGUUGCCAGCCGCACAACCAUCGCCAUCUUCGCCGCUCUCUUCGCCAUCGUCGCAAUCGUCGGCGUCGGCGUCGGCGUCGGCGUCGGCGCCGAUGCGACUGUUGAGACGUCGACGUCGACACAGCAGUCCCGAGGCGGAAGAGGCGACGCCUUUGGCGCCGUCAGAAGUGGCCGUAGCAACAGCGAUCGCCAUGGAUACCGUCGACCAGACCUCGGUAUUGGAGGAAGGGGAGGAGGAGGAAGAGGUGGCGGCGGGAGAAGUGAUAGAGUUGGGGGUCGGUGCGGAUGGAGAAGAGACGUUGCCGGAGUCGGAGCCGAGCGAGUCCGUGCCGGAAGGGCCGAACGAGUCGGACGAAGCGGAAGCCGACCUCAACUCGCCGGGGUUUAGGGCGGCCGCCGAGGACGAGGCCGAGGCCGAGGCCGUCGCGUCUGCCGUCGGGCUCGAACUCGAACUGGAGCCUGACGGACGGGCUGAGGCGGUCGACUUCUUCGCCGAGCGGAAGACCGAGUUGGCGGCCAGCGAACUGGCGGUGGAAAAGAACGAUCUGACGGAGGACGAUCUGACACGACCGAUCGAGUUGGACAUUGAAUUCGAGGACGGGAUCAACCUGGAAGACGGCAUGGAGCUGGAGUCCGACGCAUGGGGCCGGCUGGACUCGGACUGUGAGAACACGACGAGGAAGUACUGUCUCUAUCGGGCAAAGUGUAGCUACAUUCGAGUCCUGCAGUUGCCGGCUUGUCAGUAA